CUGUCCUCUCCCCUCCCCCAACCGUCCUCCCAGAAUGCUGAGUUUUAAGAAUGAGCAGAUUAACUGCUAUCAGGAGUAGUAUGACUUGGGCUGACGAGAAAGGACAUUUUGCCUGAGUUACAGUUACUGACUGAAACAGUACAGGAUGUGAGCAUAAAAGGAAAUAAGAAGGAAUAUUAAAGCUGUUACUGUUGGAAGUCAGAAGACUACCAGAGGUCAAAUGAAGGAAAAACAGACCUAGAAACACAUCCAGUAUAGGCUGCAGCCACCCAAAGAAAGCAAGCACAGACCUGUAGAUGCUACAAGAGGCUCUGAGGUUCAAGAUGUCAGAAAAAAUGUCGAUUACUGCUAGACAUAUGCCCUGCUUCCUCAACUGAUUCCCUAGAGUCAUGUUGGUGGCAACUUCUGUGCAAGGCUCUGGCUCUGUACCACCUUCUUUAUGGGAAAACCAAGUGAUCUGGAAAGAGGGUAAGAUAAAAUUUCAGACUUGGGUGUUGCAAAAGAGAGGCUUGAAGAUAAGUCCAGUGCCAAGAUCUUUGUAUAUUAGAUUAGGGAUUAUGUUACUGUUGUUGAUUUUUCUGCCAUCCAUGUACUGUGAUCUGGGGUCUCUAUAUACUUUCUAUGAAACAGUCAUUCCCAGGAGUCUGGCCGUGCAGGGCAGGCAUGAAGAUCCAGUGGAAAAGGCAUCCUAUGUGCUCUUGAUGCAGGGCCAGAAGCAACUGAUUCACCUCAAGGUGAAGAGAGAGUAUUUUGUGAAGGACUUUCCAGUCUUCAGCUACCACAAUGGCAUCCUGGGCCAAGAAAUGCCAUUCAUCUCACAUGACUGUCACUAUGAAGGCUACAUAGAAGGAGUCCCGGGCUCUUUUGUUUCUGUCAGCACCUGUUCAGGUCUCAGGGGCAUCCUGGUUAAAGAGGGAACAUCGUAUGGCAUCAAGCCCCUGGAGACUUCACAACGGUUUGAACAUGCCUUGUACACCGUGGCACGGCAGGCUCGAGCCUCCUGUGGCGUCUCUGCCAAAGACAGCCAGGCAGUGCCCACCAGCAGGCAACAAGAGCACAGGAAGCCCAGCAGUGCAGAGGCGCUGUCCUCCCUGUGGACACGCACCAAGUACGUGGAGAUGUUUGUCGUGGUCAACCACCAGCGGUUCCGGAUGUGGGGCAGUAGCAUCAACGAGACAGUCCAGAGAGUGAUGGACAUCACUGCCCUGGCCAACGGCUUCACCAGGGGCAUCAACACAGAGGUGGUGCUGGCUGGAAUGGAGAUUUGGACCGAGGGGGACCUCAUAGAGGUUCCAGAGGACUUGGGAGUUUCGCUGAGGAAUUUCAAUAGCUGGAGACAAGAGACGCUGUCGGCUCGGGUGAAGCAUGACGUCGCCCACAUGAUUGUUGGUCAUCAUCCUGCAGGGGCCAUGGGCCAGGCGUUUCUCAGUGGCGCCUGCUCACGAGGCUUUGCAGCAGCUAUUGAAUCCUUCUAUCACGAAGACGUCCUCCUCUUUGUGGCGCUCAUGGUCCACGAGCUGGGGCACAACUUGGGUAUUCAGCAUGACCACCCUGCCUGCAUUUGUAAGGAUCAACACUUCUGCCUCAUGCAGGAAGGCAUCACUCCGGGAAGUGGUUUCAGCAACUGCAGCUCUGACUACUACUAUCACUUCCUGAGGGAACACAGAGGGGCCUGCCUGUUUGACAGGCCUCAGCACAAAAGCCGCAGGCGUAGGGAUGCCCUGUGUGGAGAUGGUGUGGUGCAGGCAGGUGAGCAGUGUGACUGUGGGUCUGACUGUGACAGUCACCCGUGCUGUGAGGAGACAUGUACUCUGAAGGACGAUGCUCAGUGUAGUGAGGGACUCUGUUGUUCUGACUGCCAGCUGAAAAGGAGGGGGUCCACUUGCCGUCCUGCUUUAGGAGAGUGUGACCUCCCAGAGUACUGCAGCGGUACCUCCAGUGAAUGCCCCAAGGACAGGUUCAAGCUGGAUGGUACACAGUGUGAUAUUGUUCACUACUGUGUUGGCGGCCAGUGUCAGGACCCUGAUAUUCAAUGCAUGAAUAUCUAUGGGGAAGACGCCAGGUCGGCCUCUGAAGAUUGCUACCUCGAAAUGAACAGCAAAGGGAACCGAUUUGGAAACUGUGGCUAUCCUGCUAGUGCUAACCAGCCGUAUGUCAAGUGUUUUGAUGAGGAUGUAUUUUGUGGGAAACUUAUAUGUACAAAUAUUAAGAAGGUACCACCCAUCAGCCCUUACUCUGUACUGAUCCAGGUUGCUCACCAAGAUGACUUCUGCUGGAGCAUGGAUGCCCAUGCCACUGUGGAGCUGCCUGAGAGUGGAGACGUGCACAGUGGCACCUACUGUGCUCCAGACAAAGUGUGCAUGAACCACUCCUGCACCGAUUAUGGCGUGUUCAACUAUGACUGUGAACCAGGCUCCAUGUGUAAUGGGAAAGGGGUUUGUAACGACUUAAGACAUUGCCAUUGUGACUAUGGCUAUGCCCCUCCUGGCUGUGUAGAUCCAGGGAAUGGGGGUAGUGUGGACAGCGGUCCUCCUGAAAAAACAAGUAUCCAAACUAUAGAUGAAAGUACUGAUCUUCGUUUUAGUAAUGAAGAGAAAGAGAUUCUUCGCAAGGUAGCAUAUGUAGUUCCUGCAUUUCUUGUAAUAUUACUGUUACUUUUAAUUAUUUUUGUUAGCCUCAGGACUGGAAUAGAAUCAGUAGAGACCCCAGGUGCCAGCUCAAUAACAAGCUCAGCAAGGAGCUCAGAGACUGCUAUUUCACAGACAGAAGCACCAGGACAGGGUGAACCAGCAGAGGCCCCAACAGGUGAGGGACUCCUACCACCAGAGGAAGCCCCACCAUCAGAGGAAGCCCCACCACCAGAGGAAGGCCAACCAUCACAGGAGGGCCCCCUGCCAGAGGAGUCCCCCCUACCAGAAGACCCUCCACCACCACCGGAGGCACCUCCACCACCGGAGGAGCCCCCUCCACCAGAGGCACCACCAGUAGCUCCAUAAGAAGCAGCAGAUGAAGCACAGGGAUAACCAAAGACAGAAAAGUGGGAAAGAAACCAAAUAAAUAAUACCUCAAGUCCUAAGUGGCAAUGAGAGACACCAAGAAGCCACGGUGAAGUGAAAUUAAUGGCUCCAGUGACUCUUGUUGGGACACUACAGAAACACCAAUAUGGGAGGAAGGGGUCCUGUGCUUUCAAUAUUAUUUUGAGCAUUUUGUGUAUAUAUUCAUAAAUGAAAUCAUACAUGAAAUAUUCCACAA